CUCAAUAUUGCAGUUGCCGUAAAGUCGGGUGCAGGUGCAUACGUGGGUGACUCAGGACGGCGUCGAGAUCCCGUGAUCCACUACUCAAAACUGGCUGACGGGAUGCACUAAGACGAGUAAAAUAAUUAAGUGCGGACGUGGAAAAUGAUGAUGUAUUCUUGUAACGGUUGGAGUGACAGGGACGCUCGUGGGACGAGAGGGAAUGGCUCAACCAUGAAAUAGGCGUUUUCACCUAGGCCAAGAACAUGACAAGCGUUCAGGAUUAUCUACGUGAGCUCCGUGCAGCUCGGAAAGAGUUUGCAGCAGGCAGCAAACCUGGCACUGCGGCCACUACCACUGAGCAGCACGUUGGUGGCUCUCCAGCCAUCAACCGCUCUGCCGCCUCGCCGUGGCUCAAGUCGCCAGCCGUCUCCAAGCCACUCCCGUCCGCGCCAGUGCGCGACGGUGGUGGAGGUGAGCCCGCGUCGGUUCGUCAGGGUGCUGGCCGGGGACGACCGUCCGUCGCACCAGCGAACUCCCUGGCGGUCCGUGGCACCGGCCGAGCAGCCGUUGCUCCGGCACCGGGGAGACCGUCACCAGGAGCCGCCGGAGCCCGGGGCGGCGAGGGCCGCUCACCCGCCCGCCCAGUGAAGCCGUCGGCGGCCGCCGGCGGGAGGACGCCGCCCGAGGACGCCGACAGCGACACUGACAUCAGCCACCUGAUCGACCAGCUGAGCCUGAAGUCGCCGGCCAAGGCGGCGGCGCCGCGGCGCGGCAGCAAGAUGGAAAUGCUGCGCCGCAAGUUCUCCACCUCCAGCCCCACCAAGUCGUGGGCUGACCUAGGCAGCAGCGGCGGCUCACUGAGCCGACCGCGCGCCCGCUCCUCGGUCAGCAUCCGUGACGAGAAGAUCAUCCUGAGCGGCAUCUCGGGCGACGAGGCGGACGCCACCGACUCGGCCCCAGAAGCGCUCUCGUCCGGCGACUCGUCCUCCUCUUCCUCCUCCUCCUCAAGCAGUGUGCCGACCGAGCGUGCCGCCGCUCGCCGGGCGUCCUCCUCCAGCUCCAUCCUCACGGAGCCGGCAGCGGCAGCGGCGGCGGACGCCAGCGGGGCGGCCUCGGUGUCCAGUUCCAUCCGGACCGAGUCGGCGUCGGAGCUCAGCCGCACCAUCACCUCGGUGCCCACCGGGCCCUCGGCCGGCACCGACGACUCAGAUUCCAAGUCGGACUCGGACUCGGACUCGGAGUCAGCGUCGGAGCCGGACCUGCACUCGCACCCGAGGCCGCAGGCGCAGCCGCAGCGGGAGUGCGAGCGGGAGCGGGGGAGGGAGCGCGAGCAGGAGACCGGCACAGAGUCUGAGGACUCGACGCUUCAAGAGGAGGCCUCGGAUCGCUCAGCUCGUCGCGAGCUGAGUCCGCUGUCCAGGAAGCCUGCUGGUGCCUCCGACGCAAGCCGAGCCGGGAGGCUCGAGUGA